CGUCUUUUGAAAUUCGCCUCGCACGGUUCUCGAUUCGAAAUUGCCGUCGCUGAGAGUUCGCCCCCACAGUCCGGAAAAUGUGGAUAUACGAAAAGUAGCAAAAGCAGCGCGUUGCUUCAGUCAAAAAUAAAGGAAAUCGUCGGGAAUCAGGCAACACUUGAUAUCUGCCUCUAAGGAAUUCUGACAAGUUUUAACGAUCGUCGCGCAAGCAAAUACACCGUCAAUACAAAAACACCGUUUUUCCGUCGCGUUUCUGUGUUCCCCAUCGUGUGUGUCCCGUGUUUCCAGUGUACGUCUACUGAAGAGGCACAAGAAAUAGUAUUGCGGCCUCGGCCAAUUGUGAUUAAGCUGGGACCAGCAGCCCGCAGAUUAACCGCCUGGAAAUGGCCCAGUAGAAAUGUUUUUGAGUGCAGUGCGUCCAGUGCCAUCUGCUUUCGCAUCAGCAAGUGCAUGAAUAAUCGCGAGUAACAAAACGCAUACCAAGUCUCUUCUUCCUGCUCCCCCGCGGAGUCCUCCUCCUCUUCUUCUUUUCCUCUCCGGCUGUCUGGCCAAAAGCCCCCAAAGCCGCCAAGAUUAAGUUCUCAAAGCAGCACGCCCACCACGCGUACCGCCACACGGACAACAUCUACGACGGCGGCACGGACACGGACGACGACGAAUGUCCGCUGGAGGCGACCGCCAUGAAUCCCUACGAGUAUGAGUCGACUCUCGACUGCCGUGACGCGGGCGGCGGCAACGCCCCGGCUCACGCCCACCCACACGCCCAAGGACGCACUCUCCCCAUGAGCGGCCACGGGCGGCCGGCGACGGACCUCGGCCCGGUCCACGGCAGCCAGACGCUCCAGCACCAGAACCAACAGAACCUGCAGGCCGGCGCCCAGUCGUCCCACUACGACUACGAGUACCAGCACCUGGCCCACCGUCCGCCGGACACGGCCAACAACACGGCGCAGCGGACACACGGCAGACAAGGCUUCCUCCUGGAAGGAGUUACGCCAACGGCACCACCGGAUGUUCCGCCGCGUAAUCCGACAAUGAGUCGCAUGCAAAAUGGUCGUUUAACCGUUAACAAUCCCAAUGACGUUGACUUUGAGCCAUCUUGUUUGGUGCGAACGCCAUCGGGCAACGUUUACAUUCCUAGUGGAAAUCUAAGUACGUAUACGCAAUUUUAUGACCCUGUUACUUCGGACAUCAACAAGGGAUCACCCAUCGACUUCAAGAGCGGUUCGGCCUGCUCCACACCCACGAAGGAUACGCUGAAAGGCUACGAGCGGAGCACGCAGGGCUGCAUGGGUCCUGUGCUGCCGCCUCGCAGCGUCAUGAACGGACUGCCCGCGCACCACUACUCGGCGCCGAUGAACUUCCGCAAGGACCUGGUCGCGCGCUGCUCCUCGCCGUGGUUCGGCAUAGGAUCAAUCUCGGUGCUCCUUGCCUUCGUGGUUAUGCUAAUCCUGCUGACCACAACCGGCGUUAUAAAAUGGAACCAGUCGCCGCCCUGCUCCGUUCUAGUCGGCAACGAGGCCUCUGAGGUCACAGCUGCCAAAAGCACAAACACGGACCUGUCCAAGCUGCACAACUCCUCAGUGCGCGCGAAGAACGGACAAGGAAUCGGACUGGCCCAGGGGCAAUCGGGACUCGGAACAGCAGGCGUGGGAUCCGGCGGGGGAUCUUCGGCGGCCACUGUGACGACGGCCACCUCGAACAGCGGCACCGCCCAAGGACUGCAGUCGACGUCCGCCUCCGCGGAGGCCACGUCCUCAGCGGCCACGUCUUCCUCUCAAUCCUCGCUAACGCCUUCGCUGUCCUCGUCGCUGGCGAAUGCCAAUAAUGGAGGAAGAGCGAUGUCAACGCAGCUGUCAGUCAGUGGGGCAGGAGAAAAAGGACGACGACAUCGCCGAAGCUUAAUGGAGGAGCAGGACGAAGAUGAUGUGGCUGCAGAUGAAACUUUCAGCGACUUAAUUACAAGCAAAAUCCUCAACCAGCAGGCGGCUGGGAAGUAUUUGGCAACUACCCCAGCCAAAAGUCUGAGAGACGUUCAAGGCAGUACCAAUAAAAGUUUGAACCGAAUGGAUGGAGUAUACGGUACCCAAAGGAGCGAGGACACCACGGACAGCUACGACUAUGUCUAUGAAGACGAAGUUGCGCCGGAGAACACCCAUUCGCCCAUCCCUAGAACCAAGACGGGGCAACAAUUUGGCAAAUCAUUAAACAGCAAUUUACGCAGCGCUGCUAAAACACUGGUCAACAAGAGGAGGAAAUAUGACCACGGAACAGAGAAAGCGGAGCACAUUGAGCAUCAGGAGGAUGAGCAGGAGUUGGCAAUGGAGCUGGCGACGGAGUCGGAGACCAGCACAUUGCCUGCUGUUAUUGAUGACGAUAAUCAAAGUGACAACAGCAGCUCAGGCCGAACGCCGGAGACGACUAUAAGGAGUGACACCGAUGACAUUGUUGAAAUCAACACCACCCCACCAGAGGCAGCUCGAAGCUCUUUCGCCGCCGUCUCACACCAGCCUGCCAUUGAACAUGAUUUUCAAAUCAAAGGGACCGAUGCUGGGGUCUUGCAGACAGAGAAACCUGCCACUGAUGAUAUCAAUAAUGAGCGUGAUUUAGCUGACAACUAUGAGGUAGACAGUAAGGAGCCGACCUCGCCAGGGACACCAACACAAGGUAAGGAAGGUCAGCAAAAUGGAAAGAAGUCACUACAAUCAAUUCAAUCUGAAUCGGAUCGGAUGAUGAGUGAUGCUUCACACUAUGAGGAUAUCGAUAUAGUCAAACUAGAUGGAUUACCCAUUUCCCACGAAGAGGAGAUUUACAAGACGGCAGAAAAGGAAAAUAUGGCACCAAAAAUUGAACCGUAUCAGCAUAUAAAUAGGAGUGAAAACGAGGUACUGAAAGAAAAUCACACAGGUGACGAAAAAGCACCCCAACUAGAGCCCCUUAAACCGUAUGUGAGUGAGCGAGUUGAUCUGCCGGGCAAACGUAUAUUCCUGAACCUGACUAUAGCUACAGACGAGGGCAGUGACUCCGUUUACACAUUACACGUGGAAGUGCCCACGGGCGGAGGACCACACUACAUCAAGGAGGUCCUGACCCACGAAAAACCGAAUACUCAGGCAGACAGUUGUAUUCAAGAGCCACCACCACGCAUGCCCGACUGUCCGUGCAGUUGUCUCCCGCCUCCGGCGCCCAUCUAUCUGGAUGACACCGUUGACAUUGACUCUGCCCCACCAGCUUACACUAGUACGACGAGCACGAUCUCGGCACCUAUAAACCCCUUCCAUAGCGAGGAGGAGGAUGCGGAAGACGGGGUUAGAGAUGAAGGGCUAACAACUUCUGGAAGCACCGCUACUAACCUCCCUAGCACUGAGAUCGAUAACCACAUCGCUGCCUAUACUGAACCCACUGUUGGUGCUGGUGGCUUACCGUUUGCAUGCCCUGAUGUGAUGCCAGUACUGAUACUGGAAGGGGCCCGAACAUUCCCCGCACGCAGUUUCCCACCGGACGGCACAACCUUUGGCCAGAUUACUCUCGGCCAGAAGCUGACCAAGGAGAUCCAGCCGUAUAGCUACUGGAACAUGCAGUUUUACCAGUCGGAACCUGCCUACGUUAAGUUUGACUACACGAUUCCGAGAGGCGCCUCCAUCGGUGUAUACGGCCGACGCAACGCCCUACCCACUCACACGCAGUACCAUUUUAAGGAAGUGCUCAGUGGAUUUAGUGCCAGCACACGAACGGCCCGGGCCGCUCACCUGUCGAUAACGCGGGAGGUGACGCGCUAUAUGGAGCCGGGGCACUGGUUCGUCUCCCUAUACAACGACGACGGAGACGUACAGGAGCUGACCUUCUACGCGGCCGUAGCCGAGGAUAUGACUCAAAAUUGUCCCAACGGCUGCUCCGGCAACGGUCAGUGCUUGCUGGGACACUGCCAGUGCAACCCCGGCUUCGGAGGCGACGAUUGCAGCGAAAGCGUUUGCCCAGUACUGUGCUCCCAACAUGGCGAGUACACCAACGGGGAGUGCAUCUGUAACCCGGGCUGGAAGGGCAAGGAGUGCUCUCUGCGUCACGACGAGUGCGAGGUGGCCGAUUGCAGUGGGCACGGCCACUGUGUUAGUGGAAAAUGCCAGUGCAUGCGCGGCUACAAGGGCAAAUUCUGUGAAGAAGUGGACUGUCCGCAUCCGAACUGCUCAGGCCAUGGAUUCUGCGCCGACGGCACUUGCAUCUGCAAGAAGGGCUGGAAGGGACCUGACUGCGCUACCAUGGACCAGGAUGCGCUGCAGUGCCUCCCAGACUGUUCCGGCCACGGCACCUUCGACCUGGACACACAGACCUGUACCUGCGAGGCAAAGUGGAGCGGGGACGACUGUUCCAAGGAAUUAUGCGACUUGGACUGCGGUCAGCACGGACGUUGUGAAGGGGACGCUUGUGCAUGCGACCCAGAGUGGGGUGGCGAGUACUGCAACACCCGGUUGUGCGACGUCCGCUGUAACGAGCAUGGACAGUGCAAGAACGGUACUUGCCUGUGUGUUACUGGCUGGAACGGUAAGCACUGCACCAUCGAGGGCUGUCCCAAUAGCUGCGCCGGACAUGGUCAGUGCCGUGUAAGCGGCGAGGGUCAAUGGGAGUGCCGCUGCUAUGAAGGCUGGGACGGACCAGACUGCGGAAUCGCACUGGAGUUGAACUGUGGCGACAGCAAGGACAACGACAAGGAUGGCUUGGUCGAUUGCGAGGAUCCCGAGUGCUGUGCUAGCCACGUAUGCAAAACCUCCCAACUAUGUGUUUCAGCUCCGAAGCCCAUUGAUGUGCUGCUCAGAAAGCAGCCGCCAGCUAUUACUGCUUCUUUCUUUGAGCGGAUGAAGUUCCUCAUUGACGAGAGCAGCCUGCAGAACUACGCCAAGCUGGAAACCUUUAAUGAGAGCAUUUUUUGGAAUUAUUUCAAUGCAAGUCGAUCAGCGGUGAUCAGAGGCCGCGUUGUUACAUCUCUGGGCAUGGGCCUGGUUGGUGUGCGAGUUUCCACCACCACGCUCCUGGAGGGCUUCACCCUGACCCGAGAUGACGGAUGGUUCGACUUAAUGGUUAACGGCGGUGGAGCCGUGACCCUGCAGUUCGGACGCGCACCUUUCCGGCCGCAGUCGCGCAUCGUGCAAGUUCCAUGGAACGAGGUCGUCAUUAUAGACUUGGUCGUCAUGAGUAUGUCCGAGGAGAAGGCAUUAGCCGUAACUACGACGCACACCUGCUUUGCACACGACUACGACCUUAUGAAACCAGUGGUGCUGGCCUCGUGGAAGCACGGAUUCCAGGGAGCCUGUCCCGAUCGCAGCGCCAUUCUGGCGGAGUCUCAGGUGAUUCAGGAGUCGUUGCAGAUCCCAGGAACGGGCCUCAACCUGGUUUACCACUCAUCGCGAGCAGCCGGCUACCUGUCCACCAUUAAACUGCAGCUAACGCCAGAUGUGAUUCCGGCAUCGCUGCAUCUAAUCCAUCUCCGCAUAACAAUCGAGGGAAUACUUUUUGAACGAGUAUUUGAAGCGGAUCCUGGCAUUAAGUUCACGUACGCCUGGAACCGACUCAACAUCUACCGGCAACGCGUCUAUGGGGUCACCACGGCCGUGGUGAAGGUUGGCUACCAGUACACCGACUGCACUGACAUUGUAUGGGACAUUCAAACAACUAAGCUAAGUGGUCACGACAUGUCCAUUUCGGAAGUGGGCGGGUGGAACCUGGACAUCCAUCACCGCUACAACUUCCACGAGGGAAUCCUGCAAAAGGGCGACGGCUCAAACAUAUAUCUGCGCAAUAAGCCGCGAAUCAUCCUGACCACUAUGGGUGAUGGUCACCAGCGGCCUCUUGAGUGUCCCGACUGCGACGGCCUGGCGACAAAGCAGCGACUCCUGGCACCCGUCGCUCUGGCCGCCGCUCCUGACGGCAGUCUUUUCGUCGGUGAUUUCAACUACAUUCGCCGCAUCAUGACCGACGGCAGCAUCCGCACUGUGGUCAAGCUGAACGCGACUCGGGUCUCUUACCGCUACCACAUGGCCCUUAGUCCGCUCGACGGAACUCUCUAUGUUUCGGAUCCAGAGUCACACCAAAUCAUUCGCGUACGUGACACCAGCGACUACUCGCAGCCGGAACUAAACUGGGAAGCGGUUGUGGGCUCCGGGGAGCGCUGUCUUCCUGGUGACGAAGCGCACUGCGGCGAUGGGGCACUGGCCAAGGAUGCAAAAUUGGCGUAUCCAAAAGGCAUUGCGAUUUCGAGCGACAACAUCUUGUAUUUCGCAGACGGAACUAAUAUCCGUAUGGUGGACCGGGAUGGAAUUGUAAGCACUCUGAUCGGCAACCACAUGCACAAGUCCCACUGGAAGCCCAUUCCCUGCGAGGGAACCCUAAAGCUGGAGGAGAUGCAUCUUCGCUGGCCCACUGAGCUGGCAGUGUCCCCGAUGGACAACACGUUGCACAUAAUCGAUGACCACAUGAUCUUGCGCAUGACACCAGACGGUCGUGUGCGCGUCAUCUCCGGCCGGCCCCUGCAUUGCGCCACAGCCUCUACUGCCUACGAUACGGAUCUGGCAACCCAUGCCACCCUGGUGAUGCCGCAGUCUAUCGCGUUUGGGCCACUCGGUGAGCUGUACGUGGCAGAAAGCGAUUCACAACGAAUAAAUCGGGUGCGCGUGAUCGGAACGGACGGAAGGAUCGCUCCGUUUGCUGGUGCCGAGUCUAAGUGCAACUGCCUGGAGCGCGGAUGCGACUGUUUCGAGGCGGAACACUACCUGGCCACCAGUGCCAAAUUCAACACGAUCGCUGCCUUGGCUGUUACACCCGAUAGCCAUGUACACAUCGCGGACCAAGCCAACUACCGUAUCCGCUCCGUUAUGUCGAGCAUCCCAGAGGCAAGUCCGUCACGCGAAUAUGAGAUCUAUGCACCUGACAUGCAGGAGAUUUACAUUUUCAACCGAUUCGGGCAGCACGUGUCCACACGCAACAUCUUGACCGGAGAGACGACCUACGUGUUCACCUACAACGUUAACACCUCCAAUGGAAAACUGAGCACCGUAACAGACGCGGCGGGCAACAAGGUGUUCCUGCUUCGUGAUUAUACCUCGCAGGUCAAUUCGAUCGAAAACACGAAGGGUCAAAAGUGCCGUCUGCGCAUGACCAGAAUGAAAAUGUUGCACGAGCUGAGCACUCCAGACAACUACAAUGUGACCUACGAAUAUCACGGCCCCACCGGUCUGCUGCGAACUAAGCUGGACUCCACCGGACGUUCCUACGUGUACAACUACGAUGAGUUUGGUCGCCUCACUUCCGCAGUAACUCCCACCGGUCGUGUCAUCGAGCUAAGCUUUGACCUGAGCGUAAAGGGAGCCCAGGUAAAGGUUUCGGAGAACGCCCAGAAGGAAAUGUCUCUGCUGAUCCAAGGUUCCACCGUUACCGUGCGCAACGGAGCCGCCGAGUCGCGCACCACCGUCGACAUGGACGGCUCCACCACAAGCAUCACUCCAUGGGGCCACAACCUGCAGAUGGAGGUGGCACCGUAUACUAUUCUUGCAGAACAAAGUCCACUGCUUGGCGAGAGCUACCCGGUCCCGGCUAAGCAACGGACCGAGAUUGCCGGCGACUUGGCCAACAGAUUCGAGUGGCGCUACUUUGUACGCCGGCAGCAGCCCUUGCAAGCGGGUAAGCAGAGCAAGGGACCGCCACGUCCCGUAACCGAGGUUGGACGAAAGUUGCGUGUGAACGGAGAUAACGUCCUGACCUUGGAGUACGACCGCGAAACCCAGUCGGUGGUCGUUAUGGUGGACGACAAGCAGGAGCUACUUAACGUGACCUACGAUCGCACUUCCCGCCCCAUCAGCUUCCGUCCGCAGUCCGGCGACUACGCGGAUGUGGACUUGGAAUACGAUCGAUUCGGACGUCUGGUCAGUUGGAAGUGGGGUGUCCUGCAGGAAGCGUACUCUUUCGACCGCAAUGGCCGUCUGAACGAGAUCAAGUACGGUGAUGGCUCAACAAUGGUCUACGCAUUCAAGGACAUGUUUGGCUCGUUACCGCUGAAGGUGACUACGCCUAGACGCUCUGACUAUCUCCUGCAGUACGACGACGCGGGGGCCCUUCAGAGUCUGACGACACCUCGUGGUCAUAUUCACGCAUUCUCCCUACAAACUUCUCUUGGUUUCUUCAAGUACCAAUACUAUUCCCCAAUCAACCGACACCCCUUCGAGAUUCUAUAUAAUGACGAAGGUCAGAUCUUGGCCAAAAUCCACCCGCACCAGUCCGGCAAGGUGGCAUUCGUACAUGACACUGCCGGACGACUGGAGACCAUCCUUGCGGGUUUAUCCAGCACCCACUAUACAUACCAGGAUACAACUAGCUUAGUAAAGUCUGUGGAGGUGCAGGAGCCGGGCUUCGAGUUGCGCCGAGAGUUUAAAUACCAUGCCGGUAUUCUGAAGGACGAGAAAUUGCGCUUUGGAUCUAAGAACUCACUGGCCUCAGCGCACUACAAGUAUGCUUACGACGGAAACGCCCGACUCAGCGGAAUCGAGAUGGCCAUCGACGAUAAGGAGCUGCCAACCACGCGGUACAAGUACAGCCAAAACUUGGGACAAUUGGAGGUCGUGCAGGACCUGAAGAUCACGCGAAACGCUUUUAACCGAACAGUUAUUCAGGACUCUGCCAAACAGUUCUUUGCCAUCGUGGACUACGACCAGCACGGUCGGGUUAAGAGCGUGCUAAUGAACGUGAAGAACAUUGAUGUCUUCCGCUUGGAAUUGGACUAUGAUCUCCGCAACCGUAUCAAGUCGCAAAAGACGACAUUCGGUAGAUCGACGGCAUUCGAUAAGAUUAACUACAAUGCCGACGGACAUGUGGUUGAGGUCCUGGGCACCAACAACUGGAAGUAUCUGUUCGACGAGAACGGCAACACUGUUGGCGUGGUUGACCAGGGCGAGAAGUUCAACCUGGGCUACGACAUCGGAGACCGGGUGAUCAAGGUAGGAGAUGUGGAGUUCAACAACUACGAUGCCCGCGGCUUCGUUGUCAAGCGCGGCGAACAAAAGUAUCGGUAUAACAACCGCGGACAAUUGAUUCACUCAUUCGAAAGGGAACGGUUCCAGAGCUGGUACUACUACGACGACCGCAGCCGCCUGGUGGCCUGGCACGACAACAAGGGCAACACCACGCAGUACUACUACGCCAAUCCUCGCACUCCUCACCUCGUGACCCACGUUCACUUCCCCAAGCUCAGCCGCACCAUGAAGCUGUUCUACGAUGACCGCGACAUGCUCAUCGCUCUGGAGCAUGAGGACCAGCGCUACUACGUAGCCACCGACCAGAACGGCUCGCCACUAGCCUUCUUUGAUCAGAAUGGCGGCAUUGUCAAGGAAAUGAAACGAACGCCCUUCGGCCGAAUUAUUAAGGACACUAAGCCGGACUUCUUUGUGCCUAUCGAUUUUCACGGCGGAUUGAUCGACCCACACACCAAACUGGUGUACACCGAGCAGCGGCAGUACGACCCGCACGUUGGCCAAUGGAUGACUCCGCUGUGGGAGACCCUUGCCACUGAGAUGUCACACCCUACGGAUGUGUUUAUCUACCGCUACCACAACAACGACCCCAUCAACCCGAACACGCCUCAGAACUAUAUGAUCGACCUGGAUUCCUGGCUUCAGUUAUUCGGAUAUGAUCUGAACAACAUGCAAAGCAGCCGCUACACCAAACUGGCCCAAUACACGCCGCAAGCCUCCAUCAAGUCAAACACGUUGGCCCCUGACUUCGGGGUGAUCUCCGGCCUGGAGUGUAUCGUGGAAAAAACGAGCGAGAAGUUCAGUGACUUUGACUUUGUGCCCAAGCCGCUGCUGAAAAUGGAGCCAAAGAUGCGCAACUUGCUGCCGCGUGUCAGUUACCGACGUGGUGUAUUCGGCGAAGGUGUGCUUCUCUCGAGGAUUGGCGGACGGGCGUUGGUUAGCGUUGUCGACGGGUCAAACAGCGUGGUCCAGGACGUGGUGAGCAGCGUGUUUAACAACUCGUACUUCCUUGACCUGCACUUCAGCAUCCACGACCAAGACGUAUUUUACUUCGUAAAGGACAAUGUCCUGAAGCUGCGCGACGACAACGAAGAGCUGCGUCGCCUUGGCGGCAUGUUCAACAUAUCAACGCAUGAAAUCAGCGAUCACGGAGGCAGCGCCGCUAAGGAGUUGCGCCUGCACGGUCCCGACGCCGUUGUCAUUAUCAAAUACGGCGUUGAUCCCGAGCAGGAGCGCCAUCGCAUCCUAAAGCAUGCUCACAAGCGGGCAGUGGAGCGUGCUUGGGAGUUGGAGAAGCAGCUGGUAGCUGCCGGCUUCCAAGGGCGUGGCGACUGGACCGAGGAGGAGAAGGAGGAGCUCGUCCAGCACGGUGACGUCGACGGCUGGAACGGAAUCGAUAUCCACAGCAUACACAAGUAUCCGCAAUUGGCUGACGAUCCCGGUAACGUCGCUUUCCAGAGGGACGCGAAACGGAAGCGACGCAAGAUCGGUAGCAGCCAUCGGAGUGCCUCCAACCGGCGCCAGCUCAAGUUCGGCGAACUGAGUGCGUGAGUGGAGGCGUUUAGAGAAAAGCUAGUGGUGGAGGCGGAGCCAGAGGAGAGUGACAUGACCGACGAAGAAUACGGCGAUCAGGAUGACUACCUAAUAGCCGUGGGCAAAAAGGAGCCAAGGGACAGCAGUGAGGCACUGGACGAGCAGAUUUUGUAAUUAGGUGAAAUGCGCAAAAGCGACCACAACAAAAACUACAGCACAACUCUCGAUGACACAACACAAAAUAAGACAAAAAACAAAGGAAAAGCAAGCAUUGAAUACACUAAUUAAUAUAAACUUUAAUCAUGCUUAAAGUUUAGUAUUAGCUACAACGCAACCCUCGAAUAACCGAAGAAACUUCUUAUGUGUACACUGGAACAGAAAUAUGUAUUUUGAUGUUGAGUUUAGGCUAACAAUAGGCGUAUGUUUAGUACAUGUGUGUAAUAUUUAAUGUAAUUUUUUAAAUCAGAAUCAGUGUCCCACGGGCAAACAGCUUGGAAUGGCAUUUUACGCCAGAGUGCGUAUGAUUUAGAUUGGCCCAUUAACCGAUUUAGGUCCAGACAAGAUUGCAUAGAUCAAACCAAUAAGAUCGGAAUAAGAACGCUUUUUUCGGGAAUUGGAGUUCGGCCACACAGCCCAACAAGCCAGUUGCAUUACGAUGUCAAACGAUGAGUAUUACACAGCAAAAUAUACAUACGAUAAGUACAGAUGUUAAACUACGAAAUGAAUAAAUGUAAAAAGAUUGAAA